AUACAUUUAUACAGAUUUGGAACAACUCGAAGGUAAGUAAAUGAAGACAGAAUUUUCAUUUUUGGGUGAACUAUCACUUUAAAUAGACUAUUCAGAUUUGUCAGUUAUUUAGUCAGUUUUUGCCUGCUAACCCUUCAUCGUAAUCUGCUUGUCGUGCUAUGGAACUGCAACAAUUAUGUUUUCGAGAAUGUCUACAUUUUUUGGGUCUUUUGAAAAUCUAUAAGUACAAACAUGCACACAGAAAUAUCUCGAAUAUGAUACAAUAACAUAAAAAAACAAGUAAACAUAUAUGAGGAAAAACGUAGUAUUAAAUUUAAAUCGGAACUUUACAUUCAUUUUCAUAAGCAUAUGAAAUAUGAGUAUUUUCGCACUGACGCAAGCCUCCCAUUUGAAACCAAAACAGGAAGUCGUAAGUAUUGUGGGACGUGUAGUUCCGCUUGUAGGCCGCUGCUCUAGAUAACAGCACACGAAGGAACCAAACACAACAAAAAUAAGCAAACUUAAACGGAAUAGCAACCAUACCGGUAGAUUUACUACACAAUCAUGCCCGGCUUUACCUGCUGCGUGCCUGGAUGCUAUAAUAACUCACAUCGAGACCGCGAUCUGCGUUUCUACACUUUUCCCAAGGAUCCUGAUCAGCGAGAGACAUGGCUGAAGAACAUUUCGAGGGCCGGGGUGAGCGGCUGCUUCAGUACUUUCCAGCCCACCACCGGGCAUCGCGUCUGCAGCGUACACUUUCCCGGCGGUAGGAAAACCUACACCAUCCGAGUCCCGACCCUUUUCCCUCUGCGUGGGGUAAACGAGAGAAAGAACCGAAGGGGCAGAAGCAGGAAGAUCUCCGCCACGGUUAUGCCCAUCAUUACUAACGUAGUUGGCUCUACUAACGAGGCAGCGAUAGUGAAGGGAGAGGGGGAUGCCGAAAACGAGACUUUGGUGCAGAUAGAUCAGAACGGCCAGUACAUCACGCCCAUGGACCUCACCGCUUCAGGGGACGGGUCCUGUCUCACGGCGGUAACGUUAGUCUCGGGUCCGGGUGGAGAUCUGCCCGGGGGCAGCGCGACAACCGUGGUUGUCGCCGAUAUCGCGUUGUGCGGGGCCGAUCACUCGUACUCGCUUACCACAGGCACGACGUCCGCUGAGCUGCUGAGGAAACUCAACGAGCAGCGGGACAUCAUCGCUCUGAUGGAGAUUAAAAUGAAGGAGAUGAAGAACACCAUCCGACAACUGCGCGUCACUGAGGCGCGUUUGAAGGAGGAGCUGCGGGAAAAGGACCGGGAGAAGGACCGUCUGAUCUCCACCACCAGCACCCCUAUCAAGAGGAAACUCUGA